AUGGCCAUUUGCAUUGAUGUCAAGCAGGCGCACAAGCGCUGCCGCAUCCGCGAUUCCGAGCAGGGCUUGCUCGGCUUCACUUGGCAAAACGCGCUAUACUUCUUUCGCUGCUGUCCAUUCGGAGCAGUUUUCUCACAGCAUUGGUGGGGUCGCGUGGGAGGGUGCACUUUGCGCCUGUUACACACCCUGCUGUUCCUGGCCCAUGUGGGCCUCCUAUUCGUGGACGACUUCAUUUUCAGCCAAGCGGUUGCAGACGUUGAAGUCUUUGCCGAUGCAUCGGAAUUUGAGGCCGCAGGCAUUCCUUUCGGCAAUGACUUGGCUAAGGAGAUAGCCAGUUGUGAAGCCCUGGCUCAGGCAGGUCUGAAUAAGAUGUUUUCCACAAAGUUUCCCCUCGGCCUCGUUCUUGAACACAUCGCCCUCCUGGCGGCCAUGCAUCGCAUCUCUAUCGAUGUGUCUCAUGUCCCAGGUGCCAAGAACUGCAAAGCCGAUGCACUUAGCCGGCCGGCUGAGUCCCCACACCUCCAGACUGCCUUCCGUGCCAGCGCAUACGCUUUGGGCUCUCUGCUCUCUGGGAGCCUGGUCCUGCGGGACGAGACUCAUGAAGCAUUGACAGCUCUGCACGAGCGCGCCGACCUCUUGCUUGAGAAUCAGUUUAGCCUGCAGACCCAGUUCCUGAUUUUGCAACAGCGCAUCACUCGGCUUGAAGGAACGCCGGAGUGCACUGACGGUGCCGUCGCACCUGCCCGUGCGAAGGCUGCAAAUGAUCAAGGGGGGGUUGGUGAGUUUACUUUCCCGCCUUCGCCGCCUUUAGGGGUCAGCGACCUCGCAGGCUAUGUGCCCUUACCUCAGGUUUUCCCAGGCUGUGGCGAAUCUUCUGAAGGCAGCUUUAGUCGUGUCAGCUUUGGCAGUGAGUGUGUUGAGAACGACCUGCACUUCCCUCCGCUUGAGUUCCCAGAAGACUGGGAAGACGAUGCACCCGAAACUGCCACAGCUCGGACGCCUAUGGACUUGGAGUCUGUGGAGCGGACAGCUUCGGCCUCGGCUGCGCCCUGUGAGCAGGCGGCUUCUUCGAUCCCCGAUCUUGACCAGGCUAUGUCUAUGUCGAUUGCACAUGCAGAUGCCUCUGCAGAUAUUAGCUUAGCAGCUUCAGGAGAGUUUGUGUCGACCGCUGGUGUCGCUGAUGAUGCACUGGGUUCCUUUGUAGGAGGGCUCGUCAAGCAAGAUGUUGCUAGAUUCGGCAGACUCGACGAUGGUCUUAAGCUUCCGUGGGAGAGUGUCUCCAAGCUGCUUUUCGACCCAGAUUGCGUGUGGGACCCGUUGCAAGGCCGAAAGCAGGACUCGAUCUUUCCGCCCGUCACGCAUAAUGCCCAGGCUGCCCAUCGACCUCCAGCAGGACCCAAGGAGGCUCCUUCAGGUUCGAUUUUCGCUCGGGCCAUUGCGUUGGGUGCUGCAGCUCGCGAUCCCGCCGCAGAGCGAGAGCGAAAGAGGGAGCAAGGGAUCGGAAUGUGGAGUAGGCUUGUGAUGAGGUAUUCCGAGUGCUGCUCCCUUUAUGAGUGUGUCUCUCAAGGAUUGAGUGGCAGAGAAGCGGGCUAUGAGGAUGUUUUGGUGGCUGUCUCGGCCGCUGUGGGAGUGAAGUCACCGCACACCAUUCACAAGCGUGCUGCAUCCUUUUGGACCUUUGUUCGGUGGUUGGAUGUCCACGAGCCCUUGGCCCCAAGCAGGCUGCAUGAGGUGCAGGUGUGGAAUUUUGUGCAGUUCCUCAAGGAAACUUCUGCGCCGGCCUCCAAGGCCGCUUCGGUCCUGAGUGCUUUCAGGUUCGCUCACUUCGUGCUGGGGUUCCGGUUGUCGGGAAUCGUUGAUUCCAAGAGGAUUGCUGGAGCCACUGAACAACAGCUUGUCAAUGUGCGCAAGCUUCGCCAGGCGAAAGAUCUUACAGUCUCGCAGGUUCUUGAGCUGCACGCGAGGUUGACUGCCCGCCUGGUGUUCGAAGUCUCCCAGCACAAAGGAGCCAGGAAGGUGCAGCUUAAGACCAAGCUCUUGCCGAUCUUGGUUCCCAUGAUAGGGGUCCAUGGAAAGUGCUGGAUUGAUGAAGCCUUGACCGCUUUUCGGAACGCGGGGAGAAGCCUGACUUCCUUAGCACCUGCCGACGAGUCAGGGGUCGUCUCCUCGAGGAGGUCCAUCGCUUCAGCUGAAGUGGGCAAGAUGUUCAGAGCCUUCUUGGGUUUGCCUGAGGAGGUCACCGAUCCUUCGGCCCCCAGGGUCACUGCGUAUUCGCUGAGAGGCACUUGCUUGGGCUGGGGAGGUAAGUUCGGGUUCGACGAGGACUUGAAAAGCAUCUUGGGGAGGCAUGCUUCCUCAGUCAAGACAACGCAAGCCAUCUACAGCAGAGAGCUGUCGGCGGCGCCGGUGAGGCGGCUUCAGGACAUGAUUAGGGAGGUUGCAUCGGGGAACUUCUUCCCUGAUAACAGUCGCUCGAGUUACUUCCCGAGGCGAGCCGCUAGUGAUGGGGCGUUCCCGUCCAAAGGAGCUGAGAAGCCCAAUCCUGUCAAAGUUGAGGUGGUCAGCAGCGACGAUUCUGAGGCAGGGAACUCUGCUUCUUCAGACAAGGAGUGCAGCGUGGAAGAGAGCUAUAAAGUCGAGGUGCCCGACCAGGUGUGGUAUGUGAACACUUCGAGUGGGGUCUUGCAUCUGCUUGCUAGCCCCGAUGAUGUUCCGAUGCUGCUCGCAUGUGGGCGACCCGUAAGUGGGAAAUAUCGUGAAGCGACGAGGGCCGAAGUUAGUCGAGGCAAAGAUCGCGAAAGCCUCAGGGCGCUCGCGGACCAUGGGAUCGAUACUUUGAGCAAGCUGGCUUACUCUUGCGGUCAACCGGGUACGCCUUUGCCUCAAUCUGAGUUUGAUGACUUCAUUUCCACGGUAAUGCCGGCGGCACUCUUGGGUGAGAAAGGAAGCGUCAAGCGACUUCUUUUCGAGAGUCAGGCACUCUUGCUUAAUGACCUCAGGGAACAGGUGACCCAGCCCGAUAAGUGGUCUACACGUGAUGUCCCGACAGUUGAGCGUCAGAAGAGGAUGGAAGCAGUGCGUGUCAGCAUACCGGGUGUUGUGCUUGAGGGGUCAUUGGAGCCCUCCCACGGGCUCUUGAGUGCAGCUUGUCGAAUGGAGAGAGAGGGGCAGCUUCGCUACAUAGCUCCCGAGCAGUGUGGCACUCGCAUGUAUGAGAUUCAAAAUGUCAAGGCCCAGAGUAAAGUCCUGUCUUUGGAAGAGGGCAAGCUGGCGAUUUCUGAGGAGAAAGGGUUGCCCGAAGUUGCCUGCGGGUCAGCUUUGUUAUUGCAGGAGGCUCUGAAGCGCCGAGGUGUGGCUCUCCAGUUCGCCGGUGUCGCCAGCUACGUGGCGCAUGAACGUUAUGUGCUCAAACUCUUGGGGCAUAUGGGGCGAGAGCCCCCGCCAGGCUAUGCCAGGACCAGUGUGCACCAGCUCCUUACGGCAGACAGGCAGGUUUGGACGCGAAUGAUCGAAAACGAAAUCAGUCCGAAAAGGAGUGCAGAUGGAACGUACCCUGUUGAUCGGGCUUUGCUCCCCACGCUUGAGUCCUUUGACGUCACUGUAGCUCUCCUCCCGCGGAAGUCGGAGGAAAGCAAGAAGAGGGUCGCCACACCACAUAAGCCCGGGAUUGAGAGGGAUCCCAAAAUCGCGAAGCCCCCCAAGGGCAAAGGGAAGGGCAAGAAGGGCACUUGGCAGCCCAGUGUGCCAGAAGCCAUCCGUAAGCUGGGUGGAGUUGCCGAGACUCCCGAUAAGAAGCGCAUUUGUUUCUCCAGGAAUCUGCCAUGCGGCUGCACUCAGGAUCCGUGCCCCAAAGGCUUGCAUGUCUGUGCAUUGUGCUCUGCACCUGACCAUGGUCUUCAGGAGUGUCCGAAGAGAAAGAAUGGGGCCGCUGUUACGUCAGUCACAUCGACCUCAGCUGGAGGUCAGGACUCACCGAUGCCAGAUUCCAUUCAGCUUGAUACGCCGGGGACAAUAUCCGUUGAGCCGGUGCACCCAGCUGAGCAGUUUUGUUCACAGCUUCGGGAAGGAAAGCUUGCCGAUGUUUUGCAAUUGAUCACCCUGCUUGAGAGUGAGACCCCAGCGAGGGGUCAAGAGGCACCAAACACUUUCUCCUGGACUUCAGGAGCAUAUGCCAAAGGACCGCUCAAAGGCGUCAGGAAACACACCUCAGUUUUCCCAGCUUGUACGCACUUGUUGUGUAAGCUUGUGCUGCAAACUUUUCCAGAUGCCGACUUCACUGCUGUUGCGAUUUAUAAGAACCUUCAGACUGCCUUGCAUGUCGAUGUAAACAACGAGUUGGGGUCGCAAAACUACUUGAUUCCGAUCACCGCAUUCCAAGGUGGGGAGGUCUGGCAAAAAGGGCCUGGCAACGACAUCGUGCAGGACGAGCUAGGGUUUAGCCUCUCUGGGUCCUUAGUUCGGGUUGCCGAUGGGCCGUGUACCCUAAACCCCCGUGAAACCCACUGCACCAUGCCUUGGACUGGCGACCGGGUGCUGCUUGUCGCCUUCAAGCCUAAUCACGCUGUAAACUUGUCUCCGGAGUACCGCCGACGCCUGCUGGAAGCAGGGUUUCCAGAAAGUGCAUUCGAUUCAGCGUCGUGCUCUCAGGGCCGCGACUCUACCUGCCCGCGGGGUGUGGUCCCGGCCCACUUGGAUGAACUGCCUUCUAAGCAUUGCGAUAAUUCUGCUUGCAUCACCGAUGCCGUGCUCGUCCGCGAAUGGCCCACCUUCUUGGGGCCCCCGCCAACGAGCCAGCACGCCCCGACAGUCACCCUGCCUUACCGCAGACUAGUUUGUCUAAAGUCACGAGGUGGCCUUGACCUGUUCAAACGUGUCCUCGCCUUGCCGAAUGGUCGUGUCCCCCUAACGCUGGGUGUGCCGGCCCCUAAUGCCUCCAGGCCGAUCACACACACCGGCGCGAUUUUUUCCGUGGAAACUGACAUCAUUCUUCUCUUUCUGCAGGCAUGCCGGGUUUCGGCGUGGGAGAACCUCUUCGACCCUGCACAGGCCGACUCCGUCUCCUGGCCCUUCCAUAGGCAGGAACUCCAAGCGGCCAGGGAGAAGCUGCAGUCGUCUGGGUCAACGAGGCAGGCAGGGAGGACAUGGGAAGUCCCGCGCAACGAGAUCGCGCAGUUCUACCUGGAUGCUGCCAACAUCCGUGGCCGCACGAAUCGCACCUCCCUCAACAUCUUAGGAUGCCCUGGCGCCUCUAAAACGUUCUCCCUCCUCCUGGCCGUGAUGUGUAUGGAUGCAGUUGUGGAUUUUCCGGUAGUAUGGACAUCGCAACAGCAUGCCGCCCUUCUCGCUGUGCUUAUGAUAUCUCACAACGUGCUCGCUGAUGCGCCUCUUUGGCUCCGGCGUAUGCUUAUCGUUCGCAGGGUAUCGGGGAAGCAGGAUUUUUUCUCUCCGGUGCAUGAUCACGUCCCGCUAGCUGCUAGCUCAUGGAGCGGGACAUCGGGGCCACAAUCAGGGUGGGCUGCUAGAGGCGUGCGGGGCUGCCUAUUCAGGGACGCCCUUGCCGAGAGGGUCUGUGAUGUGCGUUUCGGAGACCGGAUCUGUCGGGUCCCUUACGCAGCUUUGCUGCGAGUGCGAGACCGAGCGUGCUUCCCUUCCCAUGGCGUGGCCGAGGGUGACAUUGCGGCCGCUGUAGCGCCUGCGGAGCACUUGGGACCAUGUGGAACCCUCACGUAUAUGGCCAACCUAGCUGCACUUGGGGCUAGGCUCAAAAUGGCCAGGAACACCUAUCAGGCUGAGGGACUGGAAACGAUCAAUGGGGUGGCCUUCAAUCUGGGUCUUGUCAGCUCUGCACGCCUGCUCACGGAAGUCUAUGGACAAUGUUCACAGGGGAAUGAUGGAGAGGAAACGUCAUGCCGUGCCGCGCUCCUCUCAAGCUCGAAAGUAGAUGCCUUGCCCUAUGGACCAGUGGGCGAUUGCAGGAGUGGCCUUUGGGGCAGGUUGGUGCGUGCGGCCUCUCCUUGA